CUGCGGCGGCAUGGGCGCGGGCACCGGCGGGGGCUGCGGGCGUCCGGUUCUCCGCCCCGCGCGUCCCGCUCCACGCGCGCGGCCGCCGCAGCCCCCGCGACCCGGGGGGAGGCCGACCCCGUAGUCGGUGCAACUUGCCUCGGACCCUUGGUGAGGAGGGGCGGCGCGCGGGGCCGGGCGCGAGCGGGUGAGGCGUGCAGGCGCGAUGCCUCCGGCUGGCGGUCCCCGCGCGCCGCGUCCGGCCGCGCUGCCCCGCAGCCUGUCCCGCCUGCGCGAGUGCCCGGGCCGCUCCCGCAUCGUGCUGGCGCUCGGGGCCACGCAGAUGGCGCUCGGAUGCCUCAUCGUGGCCGUCAGCUUCGCCGCUCUGGCGCUUACCACGUCGGCCCGCGUCCGUCACUCCUGCCCCUUCUGGGCCGGCUUCUCGGUGCUGCUGUCAGGCCUCAUCGGCGUCGUCUCCUGGAAGCGGCCCCUGUCCCUCGUGAUAACCUUUUUCAUGCUGCUCUCGGCAGUGUGUGUGAUGCUGAAUUUGGCUGGUUCAAUACUUUCCUGUCAGAACGCUCAGCUCGUCAACUCACUGGAAGGCUGUCAGUUGAUCAAGUUUGACAGUGUGGAGGUAUGUGUCUGCUGCGAGACCCAGCACCAGGUGUCCGGCUGCAGCAACCUCGGGGAGACGCUGAAGCUGAACCCACUGCGCGAGGACUGCAACGCCGUGCGACUGACCUUGAAGGAACUCCUCUUCAGUGUGUGCGCCCUCAACGUCCUGUCCACCAUUGUGUGUGCACUGGCCACAGCCAUGUGCUGCAUGCAGAUGGUCUCCGCCGACGUCCUGCAGAUGUUCCUUCCACAAAGGGCACCUUCUGCCAGCCCAGCCUGCCUGACCCCCCAUGGUACCGUGCUCCACCAGACCUUGGAUUUCGAUGAGUUCGUGCCCCCGCUGCCCCCUCCACCCUAUUACCCUCCAGAGUACACCUGCACACCCACUGCCGAGGGCCACAGGGGCCUCCACCUGGACUUUGCUUCCUCCCCGUUCGGCACUUUGUAUGGCGUCACCAUCAACAGCCCAGGCCUUCUGUACCCUGCUGAGCUCCCGCCACCCUACGAGGCCGUGGUAGGCCCGAGCCCUGCCAACCAGCUCCCGAGCACGGACCCGCAAGUGACUGAACCCAGCCCCGGGGACCCCGACGUCGCUGCGGGCUUCAGCUCACAAGCACUGGCCGACAGCUCCAGCCUCCUGGCCUCCGAGGGCAGCGCUGCUCCUGGCCUGAGCCACCUGUCCCCCGACGACCCCACGGGCACCCCACUACCUACCCCGCAUCCCCACCACACGUCCCCUGAGGGCCCCCACAAGGGCACACGGGUGCGGCCACGUCCCAGGCGCAUGGCCCGCUCCAUCAGUGACCCCACUUCAUGCACGUCCAGGGCGACAGGUGAUGCCUCUUCACACACCCCAUCCUGCAGCCAGGACCUCGAAGCAGGACUGUCCCGAGCAGCACUGGGGACUGCGACCCUGUCUCACUCAAUCACAGCCGCCUGCGCCUGUCGGCACCAGCUCUCACCCAGGGAAUCAGACGCCUGGAAAGCAGACCCACGGUCAACGCCAGAGGCCUUACAGACAGUUUCCAAAGAGCGGCUGCGCUCCUUAGUGGACAGCAAGGCCUUUGAGGACGCCAGGGUCUUGGUGGCCAAGUUCUUGGAGCACUCGAGCAGCUCCCUGCCCGUGGAGGUGAGGCACGUGGUGGGCUCUGCCCACUCAGCUGUGCCCCCUGAGGAGUGCCUCAUGGAGGAGGCUGUCCUCAGCACCCGUGUCCUGGGCCAGCUGUGACAGCGCCUCCGUCUGGGCGUGGACACAGAUGCGGAUGAACUGGUGCCUGAGUCCCCACAGGGGCACCAGGCCUGUGGGGAGAGGCUGCGAUCCAGGGUGGCUCAGGCAGGAAACAGCUGCUCUGCCCUGGACGAGAACCCCGUCUACUGUUCUCUGGGGGUGACACUUCCUACCUAGCCCAGUGACACAGCAGACGACUCUCCCGUGUCCCUUGUGAAUCCUUGGUGCUGUCAGGCAGAUGGCGCCUUGAACGAGCUGAGCAACAGGAAUCCAGUGACAGGGUCGUGCAUCUAGCUGAACUGAAGUAUCUUCAAGGUUGGGGCUGUGGAGGAGCAGGAUCCUCCCCACCCCUGACUUAAUUUAGUGUUUAAGCGGGUCAAGCAGGGCAUUAGGCAGUGAGUCCAUUUUCCCUUGUGGUUUGUAUCCACGAUCUACCCGGUCUCAGAUGCUGAUUGUUAAGGAAAUUAAGUAAUUCUAGCCCAGAUGGCAUCCUGGGCUCAGCCAUCUGCCCGAAGGGCAACACGGCCACCACAUCUGGUGAACACAUACACAAUGAGGGACACCCCAGUGGCCCAGCCACCCUGGGGGACAGAUGGCUGGGACUAGGGGCUCUGAGAGACCCCCAUCACCUUGUCUCCUUGGCAACCCCUCCCUGCUCCACCCACCACCAACCAGAGCAUCUUCCCUGCUUCCUCUCUGGCAGCUUCUUCGCUGUCUUUUUAACCCGCUCGGCACAGAGCACUUUGUCCUGGAACAGCAAGCCCCUGUGGAUGCCCCCAGGGUUCUCCUGCAUCCACCUUGGCCAGACUGGCCUCAAGGGAUCUCAUGACCCAGAGCAGCCCCUUCCCCAGCUGAGCAGCGGCUGCAUCUGCUUUGGAAGAUGCGGGCUGUCCAUCCCUUUCCAUAAACCCCACCCUGAGUGUGCAAAAGCCUCCUUGGGGGCCCUGGAUCUUCGUGCCACGCCCCCAGACCCCUAGCUCUGGUGACCUCAGCAGCAGCUACUUCCCAAUCAUGGCCCCAAGGCAGCACCAUCCUCAACUUUCUGCAGCCACAGUGUCAUCCUGGACUGGCUGGUGGCUCCUGUGAGACAAGACAGCUGAAUCCCACAGUCCUCAACCCACGGGCCCAACACGGGGAGUGUGGGGGUUGGGCCAGGUAGGUGCCCACCACUGCCAGGGGUCCAGCAGCCUGGGCCAGUGUGCUGGGGUGUGUCAGGGAGUGGGGAGAGGGUGGCUGGGAGAGUGUUUCCAGCCCAGACACCCAGAGGAGCCCCUGGACCCCAAGGUAGGAAGCCCAGGUGACGGUCAGCUGUGAACACUUUGUUUCAGUCACAUUAUCAUUGAUCACCGCCUCCCAGAGGUAAGAACUGGACCAAUAUCUACUCAGGCCUCUGAUGACAGCCGGAACUUCUCCACUCGAGACAUCCCAGAGAUGAAUUUAUGAGCACUUUAUCCAGACUGUAAAAUGAAAAUCUCUUAAUUUUUCUCAGCUGAGGGCUUUUGAAGUCCCCAAAGCCACUCUCUGUAGGUAAAGUAAAUUGAUGGUUUUUCCAAGGGGCCUCCCCUGAGCCUCCAGCCUGCACCUCUUCAUCUGGGCCUCUGUGGGGUGGCAGCCAGAGCUUUGCAGGCUGCAGGCGGCUCACCUGGGUGGGCAGGGGGGCCCACGUCAGGCUUGGGGGCUCACACAGUGGAUUCCUAGGCUAAACCUGCAGUCUCAGAUGUGGCUGUCGCUCGAGUGAGGCCUGACCUUGUGGGCGUUGGAACUGUCACUGAGCAGCCGGACAGAUGACCCCCUAGGAGGCCUUGCCUGGUGCUCCGUGUCCUCUGCAUCACCUCCCUGCACGGGGACACAUCUCCUGCUGCUGGACACCUGACGCAGCCUGUGCCUCCACCUGGGUGCAGGUGGGCACUCUGGCCCAAAGCCCUUCAUCUAGGUGUUCUCAGUGCUCAGUCCUCAGACACGUUCUCACACUCAGUGUUUCUGGAUGAGGACUCUGCAUUGAGUCCUGCUCCACUGGACUAGCACAUCCUGAGGGCCUGGCAACCACGUGGGCUCCCACAGGGCCUGGCUCCCAGCUUCCAGGAAAGGUCCCAGGAAGAGAGCAGUGCCUGGCAGCGGGCUGGGGCCCCAGCACCUUCAACCCCACUCUACUCAGUGACAUCCAGGAACCAGGGUCCCUGCAUCGAGCACCCUGAGCCCCAGGCCAUGUGGGUGCCUGGCCACAGGGAAAGCUGGUUCCCCCGUCACUUUUGCACCCGCGCCCACUCAGCCCUGUGCUGCCUGCCCUGGUUAACUGCCAAUAGGAGGGCCGCCAGGGGCUAUGGUGGAAGCCGAGGCACAGGAUGCCCCCUGCAUGGGGUCUGGUGCCUUUGCUCCCUUGACUCCCCGUCCUUCCCCAGAGGGCCGGCUUACCUCGGAGUCAGAGCCUGUCAGGACACUGCCAUCAGACCCCCCACCCCCAGGCACCACAGGGAUGCUGAGAUGGGGGCGUGCUGGACCCUAAAUCUUCGUCAAACAGCAGGGACUUUUUCCUUCCCCAGGGACCACAGGGAUGCUGAGAUGGGGGCAUGCUGGACCCCAAAUCUUUGUCAAACAUCAGGGAGCUUUCCUUUCCAAGGACUUAUGGGCCCCUUCAGCUGGCAACAGUGAUACAAAUUAAAUUCUUGUAACAAACCAUGGAAAAGAAAUCUCAUUUUAAAUGGAUGUUUUUCUCCCCUUGGCUGUACCAAUCCACAGAUGCUGCUAUGAAGGCAGAAUUUAUAGGAAAUUGUUUUCAAGCCUGUUUGUACAACUGGCAGGCUGUAUUUGAUGUACCUCAAGGUGUUUUCAUAAUGAUCAGUGUUUUAAUAAAAGCUAUUUCUGG